CUGUACUCAAAGAUCGCGUCUAUCCUGCUGAUCUUUGGGAACUAGUUAGGGAUGACGGAAGUCAUACAAUGGUGGAACGAAUGCUCAUAGAAGAGAGAAGGAAACAGUGUCAGAUAGAGGUGACACUGUAUAGCCAGUCUAUCGAAGGCUUGGAGCGAUUACGGCCACUGCAGCAGCCCACAUUGUCCCUCUUGGGCACGCGAGUCACCGCCAGCAUAAAAAAAGCCUUUUGCAAGGCAUUCCAAGCAGAACUGAACAUGUCAGGCGAGACUGAUGGCCAAGUCGAUCCAUGUGCCGUGCCAAAGACCGACAAGGGCAUUGGCGAGGAGAUUGAUGAUGAGGACAGUGACGAGGGCAUGCACGAGGGUACGGACGACGACCACGAAGUUCAUAAUGUCAUUUUCAUUUUCCAGUAA